UAGAAGCAAUUACAAGCAAACUCGCAGAUGCGAAAAAUGUAGAUUCGCAUCGCCCGGUGAACGGCGGAAUGUAUGUACAUAUAAUAACAGCUCAGUUUUAAUCAGCAAGUUCGAGGAGAACGUUGAAAUAAUGUUCUCAUUCAAUGAAGUGAAUUACUACGAGCACGAGCUCGAUCUUAAGCAGGUGGUACUCCUGGGGAACUUAAAGACACUGGAAGAGGCGUUUUAUAUCUGCGAUCUAUCAACCGUGGCUAGAAAAUUACAGUUGUGGAAGGAGCUUCUACCACGCAUCCAGCCGUAUUACGCUGUAAAAUGCAACAAUGAUCCAUUGGUCGUCGAAACUUUGGCCAACUUGGGCACCGGCUUCGAUUGCGCCUCCAAAAGGGAAAUUGAAAUGGUUAUGAAGGCUGGUGCUACCCCAGAGCGCAUAAUAUUUGCACAUCCGUGCAAGCCAUUGCCGGAUUUGAAAUACGCCCAGGAACAUAAUGUAUUAAGAACCACCGCUGACAAUGAGUUUGAGAUUAUUAAGCUCAGCAAACACAGUCCAAAGACGCGGGUGAUCGUGAGAUUCCGCAGUGAGGCCAAGGACGCUGUGUGGCCGCUUGGCAGGAAGUUCGGCUGUGAUCCAAAAUCGGACGCAACGGCUCUUCUGUUGCUAUCAAGGAGCUUGAAUUUGGAGGUUGACGGCUCGAGUUUCCAUGUAGGUUGCGAAUGCAAGGAGCCUGAAGCUUACGAUCGCGCAAUACUAAAAGCCAGGAGUAUUUAUGAUUUUGGAAAGCUUUUAGGCUACGACAUGUCGUUGCUGGAUAUAGGCGGCGGAUAUCCUGGCAGCAAUGAUGUGCAGUUUAAAGAGAUUGCAAACGUAAUCAACAAUGCGAUAGACGAAUAUUUUAUGGAUGAUCCAGUCGAAAUAAUAGCAGAGCCUGGACGUUACUUAGUGGAGCAGGCUUUCACUCUCGUGUGCAAAAUUCAAGCAAAGCGGGAAGUGCGUGACGCUGCAGGAAAGCUAGACACUAUUAUGUACUAUAUAAACGAUGGCGUUUACGGUUCCUUUAUCUAUGUACUUAUGGAGCACGAUCCGAUAAAGGUGGUUCACUUUUUGGAUAAUGACUCCGAUCUGCCCAAAUUCAAAAGUACGAUAUGGGGACCAACCUGUGAUUCCUUGGAUAAGAUAUCGGAUAACCUAUAUUUGCCCCAUUUGAAUCCGGGCGACUUAAUUGCUUUUCCCAAUAUGGGUGCCUACACACUGCCUCUUGCCAGCGAAUUCAAUGGUAUUCCGCUUCCGAAAACGCUAUACUUUCAACGCAAGUCUGAAGCCAUACCUUUACACCUUAACCAUGGGCAUAAAAUACAGCAUUUAAAUUAAUAACACGUUUUUGUGUCACCUUUAAUUAAAUAUGCAAACAUGAGUUGCUAAAAAUAGACAUAAUUGAGCCCCCAUUACUAAUAGGUAAACAAAUUAAAACGUGCAAUUUAAAAAAUUA